AUGGGAGUCGAGGCAAAAGAGCAUAAGCGCCGACUACUGCUGCAUUCGAUGGCAGCGCUUGCUCGACGUACAAUGGCGAAUACGACUUGUCCCAACAGUAAUUCAAGUGCACAAGCCACAGUAACUGACAGUUUGGAUGAUGCUGCCGUCCAUUCUGCUAGCUUGUCGACAAUAUCGUUGCCGCGUCCUGCGCAGCAUGACGAGUCUGCAUUGCGUAAAGAGCCACUAGCCGGACCUUGUAUCCUUCCUACAGCUUGUCGACCCCGCAUAACUCCGCUGCGUAUGUCAGGGCUAAGGUUAUCACAGUCUUCUCCACGACUUUUAGGCCCCUCGAUGCUCGAUCAAGAAGCUACGGAUGUAGUAGCUGUCGAUAAUAUCAUUGAAAUCGCAGACGAUGAUGAUUCCAGCGAAGAAGGAAGCUACUCACAAGAGCACCCCAGCAAUAGCAUUCGCGUGCCCCCUAAACGCGCCACAAGCCUCUUAGUAACUUCAAGCGACCAUACGAGCCACGAGUCUAUCGUAUACGCUGUUGCACUGCUCCGCAAACUUCAGCAGCACGCUUAUGCCAAUGAAAGUGGCGAGGCCGCGGUGCAACGUAAGGAGCUUGAUCAGAUUCUUAGCGGCUUCUCUCACGCACUCGAAAGUGUGACCUCGACUUGGGAUGAACGGAGCGUUGAAAACACGGUGCAAGAGCUAUUUGACACGCACUCGAACGUGUUUGACGAAAGCAUGCAAAACUACAUCAUUCAGAAUUUUCUGCAUGAAUCGGGGAGCGCCAAAACAUUUCGCACAGCACUGCGAAGGACAAGCGUGCUACGACGCUGUUUGCUAGCCAUGUAUCAGCCCAAGCACAGCAACGGCGUAAAGCGCAGCAAUAACAUGGGUGGCGACAAAGGAAUUGCUACCCGCCGCUGGAGCGAAGCAGUGGCACGGAUCAUGAAGGAGAAGGAAGACAAACGCCGGCAGAUCUCGAUUGAAGUAUGUCCAGAAAUCACGAAUCCAUCCAUAGUGCUUGCUGUCAAGAAUGAGAUCGCCAACAUCAACUCCUGGAACUUUGAUGUCUUUGCGAUCGCGGAGGCUGUUCCAGGUCAAACAUUGUGCAUCGUCGGUAAUGCACUAUUUGAGCAGUACAAUUUGUGUCAUCAUUUUCAGACGACCAAGGCACGUGUUCAAUCGUUGUUGCGGCAUGUCCAGCGCAGGUAUCAUGAUCACCCCUAUCACAACGCCGAGCAUGCAGCAGACGUUACACAAACUCUGCACCACUUUUUAUCUGUCGGAAACCUGGGCAGCUUAUUCACCGAACGUACAAAGUGCACGGCACUUUUGGCCGCCAUGAUCCAUGAUGUCGGCCAUACAAGUUACAGCAAUAAUUUCCAUAUUACUGUCAACGACGAGUUAGCCAUUCAACACGUGUACCGCUCUCCACUCGAGCAUAUGCACUGUGCAUUGGCCUUUCAAUUGAUUAAGGACCCUCAGUGCAAUAUUCUCCAGGAUUUGACAAGAAUUGAGCAGCAAGAGGUCCGCAGCUUGAUUACUGACAUGGUCUUGGCAACCGAUAACAGUGUGCAUUCCGCAUACCUGGGCAAGCUGGACAACCUCGUAAGGAGGUCGAGAGACGAAGGCUGGAAAAAUGCAGACGUAGAUGAUGAGCGACUCGUGCUGCAGAUGGCAUUGCACACUGCAGACGUAUCGAAUCCGACGAAAUCACUGCGUAUCUACCUCGCUUGGACCGAACGCAUUAAGCAAGAGUUUUACCAACAAGGUGACAAAGAGCGUGAGCUAUUACUUCCUGUAAGUAUUGGCUACGAUCGUGAGCAGCCCAUUCCACUGGAAAAGAUGCAAGCGGGUUUUAUCAUUGGCAUUGUUCGACCGCUCUUCCUGUCACUGAGUCUCUUGCCCAGUGCACGAUUAGGUCAUUGUAUGGCACAAUUGGAUGCUAAUUUGUCUCACUGGCAAGAUGAAAUCAAGCGUAAACAAUUGCUAUUGAAGUCUGCACUCUCUUUCGAAUGA